AGUGGAGAUAAUGCCGAAGAGGAGACGUCUGGAACCGUUGCCAUCGCACAACUGGUCCACGUUUUGGUGAGUGUUUUCCAAGACGGCGAAAGUGAUGGCGAUUUCGGCGAUAAUCACCGCAAAGACGGCGCCGCCGACGAGGAGGAGGAGCCGUGCGAUCCGUUGGGCGCGCAGACAGUGCUCGACGACGACAGGCAUCGCGACGAUAGCCGCUGUCCCGCAGAUAACAGCCAUACCAUCGACGGCGAGCACCCGUCGGCCGCUGUGGCGGAACCGCCGGUCGCACAGCAGGCGAACGGCCAGUCGUUGUCACCCAAUCUGGACGAAAGUGUGUUGAUAUUGAGGCGAAAGUCUAAUCGCAUAUCGAAACCAAUACAACGAUCGCUGGAGAGCGCGUCCGCCGCCACCACUUCGCCCACCAUUUCUGUCCACAAGAAAAUUGGUCUCAUUUUCUGUCCGUUGCGGUCGAUGUUCACUGUUUUUAACGAUUUUAAACACAAUUUGUUGCAAAACAAUGCCAUCGCUUGCGAGUCGGAUAAGAGCGCUGUCAACAGAUCAGCCAAAGCCGAUGAAUCCGCUCCGAAGAGUUCCUCCAAAGGCGGCAAAUCGUUGCGAAAGCUUCAGAUGUGGACCAAUGAGGACACGAAGUGUUUCUUUGAGGCCAUUUGCGAACACGGGAAAGACUUUCCGCGCAUUCAAUCAUAUAUGGCUCAGAGGUGUGAGAAGAAGGGCAUACCUCAGGAUCAGAUCAAGAACUACGAACAGGUCCGCCAUUAUUACUACCGAAUGUGGCAUAAGAUCGCCAACUCUAUGGCGCCCAACGAAGUUGUGGACAAAAAUAUUCAAGAGAUUUACGGACUCAUCAAUUAUGGCGAGAUAUGGAAAAAAUUUGGCACAAAAUUUGAUAAUAAAUUAAGCAUUUCUUUACAACAAUUGGUUAAUUUUGGUCACACGACAUUCAAAGUAAAAAAGGGAAGAAUUCGCGUAAAGACUCCCAUUUGUAACGCAUUGAAGAAAAUUCACAAAAUCAAAGAGGUGUGCAUUGAAUUACAUCCGGCGAACAACGAGUCGUGGCUUCGCGUGCACUCACUGUCGCAGAAUCCAAGAGUGCGGACCAAACUGUCGCUACAGAAACGGCUGUCAGCGCUCGUCGAGUAUCUGGAGAGGCGUUGGAAUCAGUCGCGGCUCAAGGCGUCCGAGUGUCAGACACUGUGCGGCACAUCACUGCCCAACAGCUCCUGCGAUGUGUGCCUACGAGUGCGGCCCCAAUCCAGCGGUCAUUUGAAUAACGUAUCGCUGAGUAAAUCGUAUUUCAAUUCAUCGCAAAUGGAUUUAAGUCUCACGGCUUAUGUGAAGACACUAUACAAUCAGGAGCUGAAGGGAAAGUCCAAGAAAUCAAAGACCAAUAAAGCGAAAGAAGCGAAGGACACGAACGCCGACCCGAACGGCGAUCUGAAUAUGAAGUCGCCGACCAGUGGUGAGCCGACGGUCGAGAGUUCGGACGAUAAGCCGACCGAAACGGACAACAAACCGGUCGGCAAAGAGUGUAAAACUGAUUCGGCGUUAAACAAGUCGUCGGAAGGCGAGGGAAAGUCCGAUGAGGACGAGCCGAUUGGCGCCGCCGAGCGGUCGCUGGCUUUGCUUCAGAUGUUGGAGAAGAUGAACAGAAUGUGCGAAGAGAUUCACGGGACGGACGAAGAGGACGAGAAGGAGGACGACGACCAGAACAAGGAGGAAGAGGACCGGGACCUGCCGUCGCCCGACACCAAUGCGAACGUGUGUCUACCGGAACCGCCGGCCAACGCGACGCUCGCCCAGUGGUUGGGCACCGGAGACGGCGAACCCGAGGACAACGAUAACGAAGUGGAGGGCAUCGAGAAGAAGACGCCGACCGCCGCCGCCGUCAAAGAGAAUCCGGUGUCGAUGUUGAGCGCCGAUAGGGCUCGUAUGGGGUGGUCUCUGAGCGAAACCGGUUCCAUGACUAUCGGCGAGUUGUAUUUGCUGUUCCGUUGCCCGAAGACUAUUCUUCUGGAGUACGUUUGGGAACCAAUUGUACCUAAAGUGGAGUCGAGUCCGAACGCCGACAACGAAGAGUCUGUCGUCACGUCCAGCGAUGACACGAACGCCAAUAAAGAGGACAACAAUCAUAAUGUUUUGGUUGCGGACAACAAAGCGAUGAAUUCAGAGUUUUUGCGGCGACUCUUAUUAGCGGCAAACGUGUCGCUGUUGUCGAUGAAAAGGCCGGCCAACGCUUCCAGCGCUCAGAAUCCGAAGAAGAAACGGAUAAAACCGACGCAAGUGUUCGUGCCUUCGGUUUCGCCGCCAAAUAUGUCGAAACCGAUCGACAAUUCGUCGCAAAUGCUAUCAAAUGUGAUAAAAAACACUAUUUUUAACGACAGUAACAGUAAUGAGGGAAAUGUCGCCAAAACAACGCCAAACCCGUCGACAGACGGACUGUCGGACGGAACGGCGGGCGGCGACCCGUCGACGGCGUCGGCGCACGACUUCAUAGUGCCGACCACUCCGGCGCCCAAAGCCGUGAACAAAGCCAAAACACGUAACGUUUGCGGCGCUUCCAUACAGGAGGCUCUUCGGCAGUUGCAGUCCAACAAAUACACGCGCCGUCAGCGGCGGCCGACACCCAAACCCGUGUUCGGCCAGAAUAAGCCGCUUCUGCCGCGCGGUUCGCCCCAAACGGUGACCGUCGUGUCGACCACAACGGGUGCCACAGGUGUCGGCCAACAGCAGCCCAUUUAUGUGAUACCGUCGCAGGCGUUGCACGCGUUGACCGUCAACUCGCAGUCGGCGGCCGCCGGCGGAGGCGUCGCCACCGCCACACUCCCGAUGAUAGACGUGACGGCAUUAAAUGCCAGUCAAUUGCGGCAGACAUUCAACAGCCAUACGAAUAGUGAAAACACAUUUAAUGUGAUUUUGCCUCAAAAGGCACAACAGAUGACUACCACUAGUGAUGUAAAUAAUAAGUCGACAGUCAAUCGGCUGAUCGACGGAAUCAACUCCGCGGACAUACCGUUGAUCCAAAUGGAACCGAUCUCUUCAGUCUCAGUGCCCAUCAUUAGCUCAACCAUUCACACGACCACCGCUGAGCCCACUCUACUGCGACAAACUCUCCUUAACUCGUACUCUAUGGCCGGCACCGGAACCCCUCCCAUGAUUGGCCAGAAAGUGGUGUCGAUGUUUGACACGACAAUCGCUGACCACCAGAAGGCUGCCGACGAACCCAGUGAUGAUAGGGAUGUAAUCAAAGACAAAUCUGUCGAUCAAUCGCUUACCAUAAGCGUAGGUAUCGGCUCAGUGUUGACCGAUAGUGACGCCAAUCAUCCGGCCAUCACUUCCAGCGAUGAAUCUUCAGACAAACUGCCGUUAAUGUCGUCGAACGCGACGAUCAGUUCUCUGUUAGAAAUCUCAUUACCGGAGCCGCCAUUCAAUGAUAACUCGUGUUCUAGUCUUACGGACGGCUUUGCCAUCGAUAAGCGGCCGUUCGAGAGGCUAACGCUUCCCGAUAUGACCACUUCCACGACGGGCGCCAUCAACAACAACCACAGACACCACCCGAUGGCCGACCACAGGGCCGACAACGAACACAACCGCAACACCACUGACCCAACUCUGCUCACAUCGGUGUCGUCGUCGUCAUCGCUGGCCAGCCCUCCCAUCGAUCGCCACAAACUGAGUUCGUCGCCGGUCUCGGACUCAUCUCAUUGGCUGAACGGCGAGUCCUGUGAUCUAUCGAUCGGCACAUUACUCAACGCAUGCGAAUCUCCCGUCAAAAACGUCAGAGACAGCCAUUCGCUGGCCAGUGAUGUUUCAAUCUCUCAGAUGAGUUGUUUAGUGACAGACAAUAGCGUGGAUUUGAUGGCAAAGUUCGCAGACUUGGCCGCACAGAUAGUCGACACUAACUCUAAGUCUACUUAA